UCUAUUCACACUUUCAUCAAUGGUCUCAAAUUCUCCAGGCCCUUCCUUUGGAUCUCAAGUGAAACAUGAAGGGGGGUCAUCUAACACUCGUCAAACUUUGUGGAACAAGAUAAAUUUGUUGAAAAAGCAAAUCCAAAAGGAACGAGUUGAAUCGAUUAAAGAAAAGAUUCAGAGAAAUGGGAAGAAUCUCCAAUGUCAACUUUCUGAGGUCAUGUUAGUUAUAUCAUCAAGAAAUACAUCAUUACAAAGUGAGGAAAGUACUCUUAAUAUAUUUUCUUCAAGAAUGGAUCAUCCUCAGCGUAAGUUCAACAGUUGCAUCCCUCGAGUUUCGACAGAGGGUGACCAAAUCAACAAUCCAGAUGCACCAUUAGUGAAAAGUAUAAAGAUGACACUCAUUGAAAGAUUGCCUCGAUUUACAUUUUGGACAAAUUUAACCAGAAAUGAAUUAAUGACUGAAGAUCAAUCUGUUUUUAGAACAAGAUAUAUAAAUUAUGAUCAUCAUGGAGGUGAAACAUUAAUAACCAAUAUCAGUGAUACUGAGGAAGAGCCAAAAGAGUACAAGGAAGUUCAACGUGACUUUUCGGAAGGUGAAGACCAAUUUCUAAGGAUGGUAUUUGAAAAACAUGGUUUAACUGAGGAGGUUUUGAGCAUUGUUAGCGAUGUUAUCGGGGGUACCAGUUCAGAAAUUCAGGAGAGGUAUGAACAUAUCAAGGAAAAGGAACAAAAUUCUGAAGAUUAUGAAGAAAGUGGAUCUCACACUGAGAAACGUUUGCAAAAAAGUUUGAGCGUAACUUUAGAUGGUUUUAACCACCUUUUAUGUCGCCAGUGCAUGAUCUUCGAUUGUUCUGUGCACGGACGCUCUCAAAAGUUUAUAUAUCCAAAUGAAAAGCAAAAUGUUUGGUCAGAACCAGAAGAUGACAGAAAACCAUGUAGUGAUUAUUGUCACCUUAAUGAUAAAGAUGCUACAAUUAGUGAUUCUAUGAGGGACCUAAAUUUGGAUACUGCUUGCAAUGAAGAACAACAUGUCAUGGAUGAAACAGAAUUGAAUCAAGGAUCUAACUCAAUGGAAGGACAAAUUGAGGAAGAUUCUAGUGUUUCAAAUUGGAAACCUUUGGAGAAAGAAUUAUAUCUGAAGGGAAUAGAAAUGUUUGGGAGAAACAGUUGCCUUAUAUCUCGGAACUUACUCGCUGGAUUGAAGACUUGCAAGGAAGUUUCUAAAUACAUGUCUGCUGAAGCGUCAAGGCCACAUGGAUACAUGGGCGAAAAUGGAAGAUUUGAUGCAAUGUCCACUGACAAUAAGACGCCAUCAAGGCCGCGGAAAGUGCCAAGAAAAAACAAAGCGAAGAGGUUCUCUUCAAAAUCUGCAGGACUUCCAUCUACAUGGAAACAAGUUACUGAAUGUAAAGGAAAACAUUCAUGUGAAAAAUAUAAGCAGUAUACACCUUGUGAAUGUAAAGGAACGUGUGGAAAAGAAUGUUCAUGUCUUGUUGGUGGAUAUUUCUGCGAAAAAUAUUGCGGGUGUUCGAUGCUUUGUAGAAAUCGAUUUGGAGGAUGUCAUUGUAAUAAGACUCAUUGUAGAAGUAGGCAUUGUCCAUGCUUUGCAGCAUUAAGAGAAUGUGACCCAGAUGUAUGUAAAAAUUGUUGGGUUAGUUGUGGUGAUGGUUCAUUAGGAGAGUCAUCUCAUCGUGCAGAGGGUCAAUGUGAAAAUAUGAAUAUGCUUUUAGGGAAAAAAAAACAUAAGAUUCUUUGGGGAAGGUCUGAUAUUACUGGAUGGGGAGCAUUCUUAAAGAACCAUGCAAACAAAAAUGAUUUUCUAGGAGAAUACACAGGUGAACUAGUCUCUCACAUAGAAGCUGAGAAACGUGGAAAUUUUUAUGAUUGUACAAGCUUUUCUUCUUUUCUUUUCAACUUGAAUAAUACGAACUGUAUCAUUCGAUCUUGA